GUACGCAUAGGGAGGUUGUCGAAGUUUUAAGCUGCGCCGCGGAGCCCCGAUGGAUGGACUCUCGUUUGAGUGGUCGCUACCAGCUUUGGCGUCAUGUCGUUGACUGCUGCGCUAAUCUGGGCGCUUCUCGUCGUCGCCGGCGGGUCGCUGGAGGGCGCAGAGACCUCGGCGCGCCCACCUGUGCCAGGGUCGAUGGCUGGCUGCUGUGAAGGUGACGUCAUGUUCCUAGUGGAUUCCUCAGGCAGUGUAUCAUCCUACGAGUUUGAUAAGGUGAAGACAUUCUUGGGUGAACUGCUGCGUCCGUACACAAUUGGAUCAAAAGACGUACAGGUUAGCGUCCUUCAUGUGAGCACUCAGCCCAUUCCAGAGUUUCUGUUCUCCGAAUACACCACCAAUGCUGAAUUGCAGCUAGCACUUAAGGAAAUGAAACAACCACGGGGUGACACCAACACAGGCCAGGCUGUAAUAUGGGCCCGUGAUCAUGGAUUUCAAGAUCGUGCUGGAUCACGUCCUGGAGUACCAAGGGUUCUAGUAUGGGUUACUGAUGGCAUGUCAUCCGAAUCGGUAACUGGGCCGAUGACUGCUCUGCGGGAUGAUGGUGUAGUAGUUCUGAUUGUAUCUACUGGACAGGGGAACUUCGUGGAGUUUUCAACUGCGGUCAGCCCCCCAACUGACAAGCAUCUCUACUUUGUGGAUGUUGAUGACCUUAAGCUCAUUGAAGACGAUCUACGCAAUGCAAUUACAGAUGUCAUACGAACUCGGCGGCUUUCUGCAGUGGACAUAACUUCACACAGUGCCCGGCUAAUUUGGCCCAACAUGCUGUCUUCACCCUCUGAUUUCUAUGUCCUACAGUAUAGUCCAGUUUCUACACAACAGCAGCAAACAUUCACCUUGCAGCUAAACAGUGGUGACACUUCAGCACUGCUGAAUGGUUUGAGUCCUGGCACAAAGUACCAUGCAACUUUGAUACCCGAGUCCAACUAUGAGCAUAUCCAAUCACUUAGUGUUCAGUUUACCACUCUUCAAGAGGCAGUCAGCCCAACACAACUGCUCAUUUCCGAUUCCAAACCUAGUAGUUUCAGGGUCAGUUGGGCCCCUCUUUUACCUGACUCUGUUCAGGAGUUCCAGGUGCUAUUUGGACCCCUUCCAAGUGGAGAAGCCCAGUCCAUCACUGUGAGCCACAAUCAGAAUUCCACAGUCCUUCGAAAUUUGCAAAGCAGCACUUCAUACCUUGUGACGGUCAUUGCACAGUACCACUCAGGACAGCAGCGAGCACUGUCCGCUAAAGCUUGCACACAAGAUGAGCCUGAAGAACUGCGUCUCAUGCCAAUAAGUCCGGGGAUGCUCCGAGUGGAUUGGGAUGAGGCUCCAGGACCAGUGAAGGGCUACAAAGUGAGAUGCCGGUGGUUGACAAGCACAAGUCUCCCUGAGCCUGCUCAUCCUACUGUCCACCAUAGUUUGCCUUCUGCGGCACGUACCAGUUUGUUCAGAGGACCAGAAUCUGACUCCGUUGUGCAGGUGUGCGUCAGUGCCAUGUAUGAAGAGAGUCCAGCUCACCGUCGCUGCAGGACAACACGUCUGCAUCCAGGCUCCCUGGCACUUGCUCUUGGGUCACACCACCCUUCUUAAUGGUUUAAACAGUAAGAAGACGAGAGAGAGAGACUUCAAGCUGGACUAUGGUUGCACUUUCCUUCUCACGUCAGUCACUGGAUCCUGGAGGCAUCUUGAAUGAAAUUUUGCACCUUCACUCUCAGCUGAGCCAAUGAAGCAACUAGAUAAUAUAAGCAAAGUAGUUAAAAAAGGGACUCAAUUACUGUGUGACAUUUCCUCACAUUCUUGAUCUAUGCCUGUAGCCCCAAAAGCCUAAUAUAACCCCUUUGUCCCAAACAGCCUGACAGACAGUUACUUCUAGUGUGUCACUCUACCCGCCUGCCAAGAUCUAAAGGUGAACCUGCUUCAUUUUCUGUGACCCUUUAUCUUUGUUUGACUACUGUAUGCUGUGCAGUAUCAUGUAAUUAUGAUGCAAUUUCAGUUGGCAAGGUCCACUUCUGUUAACCCCUUGAGGGUAGGUCACGAUCCCAACAACAGCAGAUGCAAGCGCCAGCCGAGGUUCCCAAGUAAAAGAUAUGAAACACUUUAAAGCACAAGCUGAAUCUUAAUGUUGUACACUAACAGUAAUUCUUUCUAAAAAAUUUAUUUUUUAUUAUAAAAA